AAUAUAUAAGUAACCUCACAACUAGCCGUCAUAAUUAUAGCACUAAACUACUCUCUCACAGAAAUCCUCUCUAGUGGUGUUCCAAGAUGACUCGACCACCAAUGACAUCAGGCGGGCGUUCUUAUGGGACAGGACCAACUACCCAACCCUCUGGUUCUCAAGCUGCUGGUGCCCAAAGACAUGUUGCAAACCAUGAACCAGUUGAGAAUAGGGAAGAAGUUGCACAUGUUCCUGUACAACGUGAUGUUCGUGUACUCCACCCAGCUAGACAAAAUGGAGCUAAAUGGUUCAAAAACAACACUGAAGUAUCAACUUGUGUUCGAAAGAUCAUUGAAGGUUGUUUUAGAGGACCAUGGUAUAGCUGGAAAAAAGUACCACCGUUUUAUAAAGAUGCAUGGUUUUCAACCUUUCAGACUAAAUUUGAGUGGGAUGCCUCAAUUGGAAAUCUUGUUAAAGAAAACUUUGAUCAACUUGCCGCUACCCGUCUCAAAGGAAUGGUUAGUCUCGCAAAGUCAAAUGGAGAAAAACCUGAUUGGAUUUUGUCUGAUUACUGGAGGGUAAUGUCUGAGUAUUGGAGAACAUCAAAGGCCAAAGAUAAAAGUGAGAAAGCUCGCGCUUCUCGUCUAUCUAGACGUGAUGGUUUAGGUGUACACCGACACAGAGCAGGCUCACGUUCUUAUGCCAAAGUUCAGGAUGUUUUGGAGGCAAACAAUGAAGACUCUUCUUUCAUUGCUGUGCUGAAAAAAACACACCAGAAAUCUGAUGGAACUUAUGUUGAUGAAAGAGCUCGGCUAAUUGCUGAGAAAUUUGAUGAAUGUGUUCAAGAACGCUUGUCUGAAAUGGAAAAUUCUAGUGGAGAGGAUUUGACAAUAGACAAUCUCACCCUUGAAGAGAAAAAUGAAAUCUAUUCUAAGAUUGUUGGAACAUCAAAACAAGGUCGUGUAUUUGGACUUGGGUCACUCCAAAGAGGUGUUUUAAUGCCUUUAGAGUCUUCGACGGGUUCUCCACUAGGUACUGCAGAUGUGGGAACAAUAACUCAUCGAGUGGGAGAGCUUGAAGCUGAAUUGCAAAAGAGUCAUGAUGAGUAUGAAGACCUUAAGAAACGAAUUGAAGCUGUGGAGGCUUUCUGCUUCAACACAAACUAGUGUGGCUUAUGGUGUUAUUUCUGGUUUUGGUUUUUGGUGUUAUUUUAUUGGUUUUUAAUUGCUUUAUUCACUUGCUAUGAUUUUUUUUCAUUUAAAUUUCUGUUCAAGUUUAAACUAUAUUUAUAAUUUUUUAAUGUUAUGGAAUUUUUAUUUUCAAUAAUUUGUCUUUAUCAGAUUUUUUUUUUGGAAAAAUAAUUAUUAGAAGUACGUUUAAUAUAGCUAAUAUUUACAGAAUAUUUAUAAAAAUAAAAAAUAUAUAGAUAUAAAUAUAAUACCGUAAAAUUGUGACCAAUUUAAUAAAAGUAAUCACUAUAACUUUUACAUCUAAAUUAGUAGCUAAUUAAGAUGGAUUUGUGAUGUUUUUUUAGUGAAGAAUUGUGACGGAUACGUGACAAAAUAUAAGUAUCUAAUUAAGACUGAUUUGUGACAAAAUUCCUGACAAUUUGAG